AUUGGACGUCGAGCGGCAGCACCAUGCACAAUGCACAAGAACGAAACCUCUAACGAGUUAUACUAUGCACCACCCAGCCAGUCGAUCCUCCCCAGUCCCGCAUUCAUACCCAGCACCUCAUUCUCCACUACACAAAUCACUUGAUAUGCUUCGGAAUAUUGUUAGUAAUUUUAAUACCUCGACUCAUAACACACUACUACCGAAGAGUCAGCACCUGUACAUGAUAAAUCCUACGAACCUCCAACUCUUUUUUAAGAGUCCGCAGAGCUAACUUUGAGGCAUUCGAUGUAGUCUCGUAGUUGGAAUAAGAAGAGGCGCUCGAUCGCGUAUUUUUCAACACUACGAUUAUCACGAAACGAAGGACAAUACCUUCAUCUCUACAAUCGUUACCACGAAAUACUUUUUGAUAUAAAUUCAAGAACCCUUCGGGGCUCGAGUAUACGACUUACCUCUCGAUUUGUGCGAGGAGUCGGCGUGGAUUGAGUUGCGUCUUCCGAGUUGCGAUUACCCUUCGAUUCAAAUAGCUAUAAGGAGACCAGUGGUUUGGGAUAUGGAAGAGAAAUCGGAGGGAAGAUCUACCUUUGUCCUUGCAUAUGGAAGGAAGCUAAAUUAAAUCAGAGUUCACUGGCUAUAACCUCUCCAAAUUGGCUAGAAAAUGUAUUUCUUCAUGGUUCUGCAAAUUAAACAUUACGUUUAAAGUUCUUAAACUCGUGCUGGGCACUUUCAGCAUGAUUGUCUCUUCUUCAGCUUUCUCUAAUUAUUUCAUUCAAUUCAGAGCUAAUUUUACACGAAGAACCCCCAGGAGAGCGCUAAUACGAGACGAUUCCACUCGUAAGUUUUGGAGGGGCUUCAAUAUUGAUGAUCUGGAUAGAAAAGCCGCACAAGUAUUACCAAGCCACAUCCUUCCUGUAAGUUUUCAAUCCAUAUUGAAUUUAAAUAUCUUUUCACUUUUCUACAGACCCUGGUCCAUCUUUCUGAGCUACAAAGUCUAACUCUCAAAAUCAGGUAAGAAGACAUCAAGGUUCACAACCUCAGACACAGGAGUCCACAGCGCUACGUGCUUUGGUAGGCUUAUCAGCGAGAUUUUCAAAUAUUCCACCAUUGGGACGCGACUUAAACAUCUCUCGAAGCCUAAUACGUUUGAAUUCAAAUUAGAAGUCUCAUAUGCAAGAGGGAUGGCCCGGGAGCUCCCGACGUAUUUACAAAAUAAUGCGUAUCCAUGCGUGUGGAAACCGUCACUUUCCACAUAGCUGGCUUCCGAGCUGAAUGCUGAAAGAUCUCGAUUCUGUGUUCAGCGGUAAAGCUGCACAAGGAUUUGAGCAUCGCGAUCAAGAUUUAUCCAAGCUUCGACCUGAGUAUGUGAUUAGGACCUGGUACUGGCCGUCAAGAAAAGGAGAAAGUUUGACCAAGGGACAACAAUUUCUGCGCUAAAGCUAGAUUGUCCAGAAGGUGUAAUGGGAAGACUGGGGACGUGAUUGCUCUACUUGCGGGAAUGGGAAGGGCACUUCAGCUUGGGAGCUGGCUGCCAUUGUUUUGCUUGCUCUUAAUGAAGAAUUUGGAUCAUGGGAAUCACAAUCAGGAAUUUUAGCAGCGGAUGAGCUAGUGUGUAUACCUAGUUGGAAAUAACUAUUCGUUGCGCUGAGGCUACCGAUAGGGAUAUGUAAGCCGUAUUCAUGGUAAAACAAAAGUUCAGAAAUCACGUAAGCUCAUCAUCAAACCAAGCCAUCAUAAAAAAAGCAAAGAAAAUAAAUUGAU